AUGGAGUCUGGGUCGCUUCGGCGCGUGAGUGGAGCGGUCCGACACCUUCUCCUGGCCCUGCUCGCCUUCUUCGGGACACAGCCACUACGAGUGGAAAGCGCAUCGUGGUGGUCCAUGGCCAUGACGUCCAUCCAGCGUCCAGAGAUGUACAUCAUCGGAGCACAGCCUCUGUGCAGUCAGCUGUCCGGCCUCUCCCAGGGCCAGAGGAAACUUUGCCAGCUGUACCAGGACCACAUGAUGUACAUCGGGGACGGUGCCAAAACAGGGAUCAAAGAAUGUCAGUUCCAGUUCCGACAGCGGCGGUGGAACUGCAGCACGGUGGAGGACAGCACGGUGUUCGGGCGCGUCAUGCACAUUGGCUCCAGGGAGACCGCCUUCACCUAUGCCAUAAGCGCGGCGGGCGUGGUGAACUCGGUGAGUCGUGCGUGCCGGGAGGGCGAGCUGUCCACGUGCGGCUGCAGCAGAGCGGCACGCCCCCGGGACCUGCCUCGCGACUGGCUGUGGGGCGGCUGUGGCGACAAUGUGCACUACGGCUACAGGUUUGCCCGUGAGUUUGUGGACGCACGGGAGCGGGAGAAGAACUACCCACGAGGCAGCACCGAGCACGCUAGGAUGCUCAUGAACAUCCAGAACAACGAAGCAGGACGACAGGUACCAGUUUUAUCUAUUUAUUUACACCGCACUGCAACAGCCUUGUGA